GAUGUGAGUGUGUUCGUCUGCCGUCGCGCUCGAGCCUUGCUCACUUGUGACAUUGCUCACUCACAGGAAGUCAGUGUUUUUAUCCUCCGUGGAGCUCGAGCUUUGCUUAUCACUCACAUUGCGCAUUCCUCAACAGACUGUGAGUGUCACAUCCCUCGAGCCCUUCAAGCUCACCAACGACAUUGCGGAUCCAUUCAUAGGAGGUGAGUUUGUUCAUCCUCCUUUGGCCUUGAGCCAUGCUGACCGAAGACUUUAUUCAUUGACAGCGUGUGAGUGUAUUGGUCCUCAGCAGAAGGAGACAAUUUUCAACUUUCCAUCAUGAUUUUAUCAGCUCUGGGGAGAUCAACUUGCAGAGAUGCGGUCUAGGAUACUUUCUGUGACUUCUGCCAGUGCAUCACCAUUCGAGCAAAUUUUCCAGCUUGGUUCUGCUGCUGUCAUUAUUUUCGAACACUCUUUCUACGUUUUCGACCAGCGACGCCAUCCUAAGGGCCAACAGGAAUCUGGUCCCUCUUUUCGUGUCGCUCUCGAGCGGUAUAUGGCGUCUCCGCAUGCAAUUACUGUCAGGGACGCAGUGGAAACUGCCAUUCACCUAUAUCAAGAACCUGUGGGCACUGUCGUCCACACAAAUGAAGAACCUGUGGGCACUGCCGUCCACACAAAUCAAGGAAACUCGUCUAAUUGGAAAACAAAGCUACUGCCUGGACGCUUCCGGAGGAAGGAAAAACAAUCUUUUAAACCCUCUCAGGACGAGGUGAAAGAGUCCUUUGAAUGCUCUCAGGAGAUGGCGAAACAACCUAUGGAUUACUCGGGUUUAAUCGAAAGAAUUCUUACAAUCACUUUAGAGCAUCGCUUGCCGCGACCUUGAUGCUUGGAGUCAUUCAGGAGGCAAACGAGGGUUUCUAGAAUGGUCUGUCGAGGGCGGUUCAAGUUUUGAGGGGUGUG